AUGCAAUAAUAAAUUAGGUUGAGGACAAGUAAUGAACAAGAGGAGAGUAAAAAACAAGAAAGGGAACAAAGAACAGUUACAAAAACAAUGUCAGACGUCAGUGAUUUAGAAUCUCUUUUAUUUCUCAUCUUGGAUCUCAUCUGACAACAAAACCCAAGAUCUUCUGACAUAAAACUCCAAACUCUUUUUUUUAUUUCUUUCUCUUAUCCAUUGCUUCUUCUUUCGUCACUUUGAUCUCAAACCAAACUCUGUCUCCUCCAAAUCCCAAGGUGCUUUUCCAGCUAAGUCUGUUGCUGAAACACGCCACACGGUGAGGCUGCCAAAAAAACAAUUGAAACCCAUAUUUCAAGGUACACAGCGCCCAGCACACCUCCAUAUUCUCUGAACUCACAUAAAACUAUUGCUUCCUUGUCUCAACUACACGCUUACGAGUUGAGUUAGCCCAUACCCAUCUUUGGUCCUUGUCUGAGACUUGUCAGACACUCAGAUUAAUGGUGUCUAUUGGAUAACUCUUUGGUUAUAUAGUUUCACCUACUGGGAUUCUAGUACGUUGCAGAACAAAGACAAAAGCUUAACCCCAGAUUGAUUCUUGGUCUUCUCGGUUCUAUACAUUUGAAAUAUUGGUUGAAAAAUGGUUAAAUCCUGUUGGAAUCCAUCGGCUGAAGUUGAUUCUUGCGGCCGUGUUGAUGGUUUGUUGUGGUAUAAAGAUUUGGGGCAACAUGCUUAUGGAGAAUUCUCCAUGGCCGUGAUUCAAGCCAAUAGUUUGUUGGAGGAUCAAAGCCAACUCGAAUCAGGGUCGUUGAGUUCGAGUGGUUAUGGACCUUAUGGAACGUUCAUCGGUGUGUAUGAUGGACAUGGUGGAACCGAGGCUUCCCGCUACAUCAAUGACAACCUUUUCAACAAUCUUAAGUCAAUUGCAACCGAGCAUCAAGAAAUAUCAGUGAAUGUUCUUAGAAAAGCUUUCUCUGAAACAGAAGAGAAUUUUCUUUCCCUUGUGAGAAAACAAUGGCUCGGUAAGCCACAUAUGGCGUCGGUGGGAUCGUGCUGUUUGACUGGAGUGAUCUCCAAUGGAUUUGUAUAUAUUGCUAAUGCUGGCGAUUCAAGAGUGGUUUUAGGCAGAUCAGGAAGAGAAACAAAGGGGCUUAAAGCCCUGCAAUUAUCCACAGACCAUAAUGCAAGUAUAGAUGCUGUAAGAGAAGAGCUUCGAUCAUUGCAUCCCAAUGAUCCACACAUCGUUGUGAUGAAACACAAAGUUUGGCGUGUCAAGGGCUUGAUACAGAUCUCAAGAUCCAUUGGUGAUGCAUAUUUAAAGAAGGCAGAGUUCAACAAAGAGCCUCUCCUGCCUAAAUUUAGACUGCCUGAACCUUUGCGAAAGCCGGUCCUUAGUGCCGAGCCAUCGUUGUUAGUUCAUAAAUUAUACCCUAAUGAUCAGUUUCUCAUAUUUGCUUCUGAUGGUCUUUGGGAGCACCUUAGCAACCAGGAGGCCGUUAAAAUUGUCCAGACUAGCCCACGCUAUGGAAUUGCUAGGAGACUUGUGAAAGCUGCACUCAAGGAAGCCGCAAAAAAGAGAGAAAUGAGAUACUCAGACCUGAAAAAGAUUGAUAAAGCGGUGAGGAGGCAUUUUCAUGAUGAUAUCACAGUCAUAGUUGUGUUUAUAGACCCCCAUUUGAUCAAUGGGAGCUCCUCCUCCUACCCAUUAUCGAUAAAAGCGGGAGAACUGGCUGUUGCUAGCGGUGGUUCUCAUAGCCAGCCAAGAUUGGAGUUAAAUUUCUCAAAAUUUAUCCUCCAUAGCCAUGAGAAAGGACUCUUUCUUUCAUAAAGCAUUGUCAUAGGGUAAUGAUAAAAUAUGAUUUGAGACUGGUAUUUGCCAAAGAAACUUGGGAUGAGACUGCAAGAUAAAUCUGUAGAUAUGAUUUCCAUGUAAUCUAAUAGUUGAUUGUUUUCU